GGCGGGCCGGCGGGAGGCGGGGGUCGGCGGGCUUCCGGGCGGCGGCGGGCGCGGCGGGCGCGGCGCGAUGUGCGAGCGGGCGGCGCGCCUGUGCAGGGCCGGCGCGCACAGGCUGCUCCGGGAGCCGCCGCCGCAGGGCCGGGCGCUGGGCGGGCUGCUGCGCUGGGUGGGCGCCAGGAUGGGGGAGCCCCGGGUGCCGCUGGUCCCCGACGCCCCCGACGCCCUCGCUGUGGACCCCGCCGCGGACCCCGGCCCCUGCCCGGGCCCCGCCUCGCUGCGUGGGGGCACCGCUGUCAUCCUGGACAUUUUCCGCCGCGCGGACAAAAACGACGACGGGAAGUUGUCCCUGGAGGAGUUCCAGCUCUUCUUUGCAGAUGGCGUCCUCAACGAGACGGAGCUGGAGGGUCUCUUCCACACCAUCGACUCGGACAACACCAACCACGUGGACACCAAGGAGCUGUGCGAUUACUUUGUGGACCACAUGGGGGACUAUGAGGACGUGCUGGCCUCCCUGGAGACCUUGAACCAUUCUGUCCUGAAGGCCAUGGGCUACACCAAGAAGGUGUACGAGGGAGGAAGCAACGUGGACCAGUUUGUGACCCGCUUCCUCCUGAAGGAGACGGCCAGUCAGAUCCAGUCACUGCUGAGCUCCGUGGAGAGCGCAGUGGAGGCCAUUGAAGAGCAGACCAGCCAGAUCCGCCAGAACCACGGCAAGCCCGGCCCCGGCGUGGUGCAGACCUGGUAUGGGAGCCCCACUGCCCCCUGCGUCCCCAGCCACAAGCUCAUGGCUGCAGAACGGGAGAGGAGCCUGCCUUCCGUCACCUCAGACGCCAAGGAGGAGGGCCUGGAAGCCCAGAUCAGCCGCUUGGCAGAGCUGAUAGGACGGCUGGAGAGCAAGACCCUCUGGUUUGACCUGCAGCAGCGCCUCUCAGAUGAAGAAGGCACUAACAUGCACCUGCAGCUGGUCCGGCAGGAGAUGGCCGUGUGCCCUGAGCAGCUCGGGGACUUCCUGGACUCGCUGCGGCAGUACCUGCGGGGCACUGCGGGAGCCAGGAGCUGCUUCCACAUCGCCGCUGGGAGGCUGUCGGACGGCUUCACCUUCGUGGUGUACGAGUUCUGGGAGACGGAGGAGGAGUGGAAGAGGCACCUGCAGAGCCCCGUGUGCAAGGCGUUCCGGCACGUCAAGGUGGACACGCUGAGCCAGCCGGAGGCCCUCGCCCGGAUCUCGGUGCCAGCUGCCAGGAGUUUUAGUCCACACACGGGUGCUCAGCAUCAGUGCCCGGUGUGCAGAGGGUCCGAGAGCUGCCUGGUGCACGGUGGGCCGAGACUGACCUGCUCCCCAACGCCCUGCGGACGAGCCUGGCUCCCUCCCUCUCUUCUUACAAAGGUCGCCCCCUCUUUUCUAGAAACUUUGGUACAUGAGCGGUCUUUUCCAUAUACUUCCAAACGAGAAUGUAUUUCCCCACUGUUUGAAGUGAAGGCGAACCCCCUUUCCCGGUACCCUCACCCCCCACUGCACCCGCCUUUCCUGGCCUCCUCCUCGCAGGCCACACCCCUCCCUCCGCCUCUUCCGCUCCUGGUCUACAUUCCUCUACCUGGUAGGAGUCAACACCCUGUAGUGCCCAACCUAGGCCUGUGCCCAGUCUGCACACGGCAGUAGUGCCCACACAGCCAGUGCCACGCUAGGCCAACAGCCGCCGCUGGGAUAAGCACAAAAUAAACUCCCGUUGGGAACAGUCA